UAUGCAAUGAUAAAUUAUUGUCGCGGCAGUACGACAGCUUCAGUCUCAAGCAUUUCAAUCAGACCCAAGACCCUAAGUUAAACGAGAUACCAGCCUUUUGCAAGGAGGAGGUUUCAUUCCUGUCUAUUUCCAAGGAAAAAAGGAUGGCUGCCACUCUAGGACUUAUUUCCAUGGGUUUUUGCAUCAUGUUAUUUCCUACGUUGCAUGCUGACAUUGUGUAUACAGAGUCGAAGUCAUCAUCCUCACCCAUUGCCAACUUGACGCUGAAUCCCGGAAAACUAAAGCUGACUUGGGACAGCAGUGUCACUGUUACUGAAUACAACUGUUCUAUGCAUGUAGGCGAGCGUGUCAAAAAGGGAAAGGUGUACAAUAAAACCUGCACGUUUAGAAUGAACAGUGCUGUGCCUAUACAUAAGGGGGCAUUAUUCCAAGUUGAAGCAAUGGACAACCACAUUUCAUAUUCAGCAAAAGCCAGAUUCAUUCCUCAAGGCAUGAAUGGAACAUCUGUUGAAAAUUUCUCCUGUGUGAUUUACAACAUUUCCUUCAUGAAUUGCACUUGGACGGCUGGCAGGAAUGCUCCAGAAGAUACCCGAUAUUUUCUUUUCUUUCAAUACUCAAAGGAAGAAGAUGAACAAGAAUGUCCACAUUACAUAAGAGAUGCACUUGGAAGACCUAUCGCAUGCAGUUUUCAAGAUGUGACAGACAUUAAAGAGAGAGUUUACUUCCUGGUGAAUGGGUCGAGCAACGAAUCAGAGAUUCAGUUUUAUGAUGUGUACAUCACACUAUAUGAAAUAGAAAAACUCACUCCUCCAUUAAAUAUCACAGUAAACUGUUCUGAAGACCAAGGAGUGUGUAUAGUGCGAUGGAAACAGCCCCAGCUAAGCCAUGUGAAAUCAGAUGCAGAUCAGUGCUUUGAGUAUCAAAUUGACAUUCGAAAUAAGAAAACUAACGCCAAUCCCAAGGAAAGCAGCAGUGAGCUUCCUACAAUAAAAAGAACAAGCUACACAUUUCAGAAUUACAACGUGAAAAAAAAGUACACCUUGCAAAUCAGAGCAAAGGGAGGUGCUUGUCGCAUAAGCCAGAAUUGGGGGGAAUGGAGUGAGCCCAUUGAGUUUGGUAACCCAGAUGAUGCAGUUCUUACAACUAUGAUUGUUUCACUCCUCAUAGCAUUUGGAACAAUCCCAGUGGCACUGGUCAUAUUUUUUCUGUGCAAAAGAUACUGCAGUUUGAAAAAAAUGUUUUCUCCAGUUCCGCAACCAAAAAACAAAUUUCAUGAACUUUUCCAAAUAUCUGAUAAAAAUAUACAGAGGGAAUGGAUGGAUCUACCACCCACAAAAUAUGAAACAGAAGAAAUAACUACUGUUGAAGAAAUUAAAUAACUUCUAAAAGCAAAAUGAAGCACUUGGAUUCCCCAACUCAAACAACUACAAAUCCUCAUGGCAAUUUUGUAUGUUUGCACACUCGCUCCCUUUCUCUCCCCUACAAAUGUUGCCUAACACUUACGUUAUAAGUCCCUUUUUUCAGUUUCUUAUAACUUUGUCAAAUUUGAAUCAUUUGGACAGAAGCUUUUCCAUGCUGCGUGUCUGCUUGAGGGUGAAUAUUCUUGGAGUGUUUAAAAAAAACCAUUUCAGUAAUUUGUUAGAACAACUUUAGGGGAAAAAAAUGUUAUUUUGCCCGUAUUAAAAGACCUCUUACAACCUUUUCAUUGACAAUCUCUAGUACCUCCCUGCUUUGAAACCUGUGGAAAUUCAGCAGGGGUGUUGCUGUGGUGACAGGAAUGUGCUUUAUUCAUCCUUAAGAAUAUCAACCCAAAUUUGGCCAAGUUAUUAACCGUUGAAAAAUCAUGGUUCACACAUGCUAAGUAUAGACUUGUUAAAGAGUUUGGCAGCCAAACUUCUUUAGGUCCUCACAUCAGACUAUGUCUAAAUCUCGGUGAUUCUUUCUGCAUAACAUCUCUAAGAUACAUCUUUUUCUAUCCAUCCUCACAGCUAAAAUUCUAAUGCAGGCCCUCAUGAUCUUACGACUUGAUUAUUAUUUUUCUCUGGCAUUAAGAAAUGCAACCUUUACCCACUUUUAUCCAUUCAGAAUGCUGCUGCAAAGAUCAUUUACUUAGAUCCUACCCCAUUUAUACUGCUGUUCACUCUUUUAGUUGUCCAAUCGCUGCUAACCUUUCUGGUGAAAACUGAAACAAAAAAGGCAUUUAAUACAUGGGCCAUUGCUGUGUUUUCUGUUAUUGUCUUUCCCUCCUCAUUGAAUAGUGGGCCUACCAUAGAAUCAUAGAAUAUUAGGGUUGGAAGAGACCUCAGGAGGUCAUCUAGUCCAAUCCCCUGCUCAAAGCAGGACCAACACCAACUAAAUCACCUCAGCCUAGGCUUUAUCAAGCCGGGCCUUAAAAACCUCUAAGGAUGGAGAUUCCACCACCUCAGAUAACCCAUUCCAGUGCUUCACCACCCUCCUAGUGAAAUAGUGUUUCCUAAUAUCCAACCUAGACCUCCCGCACUGCAACUUGAGACCAUUGCUCCUUGUUCUGCCAUCUGCCACCACUGAGAACAGCCUUGCUCCAUCCUCUUUGGAACCCCCCUCCAGGUAAUUGAAGGCUGCUAUCAAAUCCCCCCUCACUCUUCUCUUCUGCAGACUAAAUAAGCCUAGUUCCCUCAGCCUCUGCUCGUAAGUCAUGUGCUCCAGCCCCCUAAUCAUUUUCGUUGCCCUCCGCUGUACUCUCUACAAUUUGUCCACAUCCCUUCUGUAGUGCUGGGACCAAAACUGGACACAGUACUCUAGGUGUGGCCUCACCAGUGCCGAAUAGAGGGGAAUAAUCACUUCCCUCGAUCUGCUGGCAAUGUUCCUACUAAUACAGCCCAAUGUGCCAUUGGCCUUCUUGGCAACAAGGGCACACUGCUGACUCAUAUCCAGCUUCUCAUCCACUGUGAUUCCCAGGUCCUUUUCUGCAGAACUGCUGCUUAGCCAGUUGGUCCCCAGCCUGUAGCGGUGCAUGGGAUUCUUCCUUCCUAAGUGCAGAACUCCGUACUUGUCCUUGCUGAACCUCAUCAGAUUUCUUUUGGCCCAAUCCAAUUUGUCUAGGUCACUCUGGACCCUAUCCCUACCCUGCAGCGUAUCUACCUCUUCCGCCAGUUUAGUGUCAUCUGCAAACUUGCUGAGGGUGCAAUUCAUCCCAUCAUCCAGAUCAUUAAUAAAGCUGUUGAACAAAACCGGCCCCAGGACCAACCCCUGUCCUUGGUUUUUCUCUUGCUUCUAAUUUAUUUGUAAAAUGUUUUCUUGUUAUACUUUAUGUCCCUAGUUAGGCCAAGGAACAAAAUGAGAUUA